AUGUCUGUAUUGAUGUCCGAGCCCGCUAAUCAACCAGACCCACCGGUGAGGCGAAAAAGAGGAAGACCCCCUAAAGCUGAAAAGCCGCAAGAUGCGUUUUCGACAUUCACGAUGCAGCUUGAAUCUUCUCCUCUGGCAGGAGGCCCCAAUGCCGAGCUCACUUCCAGCCAAGUUCUCAAAGGGGGCGAGCCUGAUUCCUAUACACCAGUGAUGAAAGUCUUCCCCUCGCCUCAUUGCAGAAAACGCAGAAGAUCCGGCAACUUUUCUCUGCCUUUGGAUGCACCCCAUAUUCUGAGGAUCGAUGAACUCCUGGCUGAGGAGUCGAGAUCCUACACCACCUCCCAGGGAAGAAAUUCUCUCCACACUCAAGUCCUAGAAGGCUUGUCUAAUUUCGUGAAUGACCUGUCACAAUCUUCUUCUUUACAAAGCAUCUCCAAUGAUAGUGCACUAGAACCUGUGAUUGUUCUUCAGCAUGACAGCCUGUCGAGAAUCUCCAGGCGGCGAGUUUCUGUCUCGCCAAGGGAUAAACCAACUGUGAGGUCUGCUGGAACAUGUGGGGAAAAUCUUGACAAAACAGUCAAAGAGUCGCCACAAGCCACCGGUCCACCUUUCGCUGUACAACCACAAUACGGCGCAGAAGAAGACCUCGAUCUUUUUGGUUUUGAGUUGGUGGUUGACGAAACCGGCCAAGCAGCUCUUAUAGAUAGACUGGGUAUGGUAUUUCUGAGUGAAGUGAGUAAAACCAGCAUUGCCACUAAUACGACGCAUGACAACACGGGAAACUUACAAAGCUCGCAUGUCAUUGAAGACUCGGGCGUUGGCUUCCAUGCAGCUGGAAGAACCCACCUGCUUCCGACAAUGAGCUGCGCAUUUGACGGGGAAUCCAAGGGAACCAACGUAAGCACUGACUACUUAAAAAGUGCGAGCUGCGAGGCAUUAUUUGGCCCCGGCAAUUUGAAACAUGAUAGAACCGAGCUCGAUUCUUCCAUCAGUCAUUUAAUAGAGCUUCAAGCUCACGAUUACGGCGCGCUGAAUCAUGUGCCCGAGUAUUUCAGUGGGGGGCUGGAAGAGACAACGCAUCUAUAUUCGGAGCGACAAGGCUCAAACAAUGGCUUCUCCGUAGAUACGCAGGACCUAGUCAUUGACAGGAGCCGCUCCGAUACACCGUUUGAGAGCGCAGAUGCUAGAACCGCCCUUCGAAGGGUUUUCAGGCGCGACUGA